AUGGCUGACUCAUUUUGGUAUUGGACAGACACACCUACGGAGGCCGAAACUGCUGUUUCAGCAAACCCUUUGGACGCACCCAAAUCCCCUCCAGCCCAAGACGAUCCAGAUGUCGAUCAAGAAGAUGCAGAGAUGGGUGGACUCGAUGAGGAUGCGAAGGUUGAGGCUGUGGACGCAGAAGUAGACGCUGCUGGUGAACCCCAAGAGACACCCGCCGCCGCUGCAGAGGGUACCGAUGGCCAGCCCGGACAAUCAAAAUCAGCCCUCGAAGCUACCGCAAACUCACAUCUCAUCGCCCAAACCCAUCAGAUCAUUCUACCAAGCUACAGCACAUGGUUCGACAUGCAUACCAUCCAUGCUCUGGAGACCAAAUCGCUACCCGAAUUCUUCAACAGCAGAAACCGGAGCAAAACACCAGCCGUGUACAAAGACUAUCGUGAUUUUAUGAUUAAUACCUAUCGUCUCAAUCCUGUUGAAUACCUUACCGUCACUGCAUGUCGGCGCAACCUGGCUGGUGAUGUAUGUGCAAUCAUGCGAGUGCAUGCAUUCUUGGAACAGUGGGGCUUGAUCAAUUACCAGGUUGACCCUCAAACCCGACCCGCGAAUAUUGGACCCCCGUUCACAGGUCAUUUCAGAGUGAUAGCUGACACUCCACGUGGCUUACAACCUUUCCAACCGGCACAAAACACCUUCACCACCCCCGGCAAGCCACACGCCUCUACAGAUCGAGCGAAAUCAGCCACCCCUUCUUCCAAAGCAGAUCUCAACCUCGAACUCCGUCGGAAUGUGUAUGAUGAGAAAGGAAAGGAGAUCAAAACAAGUGAGGAGCCAGAGAAGCAGACGAAUGGUGAUGCAGCAACUGCCAACGGCUCAUCUACCGGUGAUGUGACCACGAAGGCUGUGGAUGAAGCUGCCCGUGAACAACUCAAGACCUUCAACUGUUUCUCAUGUGGCAUCGAUUGUACCAGAUUAAGAUUUCAUUAUGCAAAGUCAGACCCGAUCACGACCAGUACAGCACCGACCGAAGUUAAGUAUGAAUUAUGUCCAAACUGUUACUUCCAAUCUCGAAUGCCCAGCAACCAUCGAUCCUCGGAUUUUGUCAAGAUGGAAGAACCCGAAUACAAUCAAAUCCCCGACAAGGAUGCUCCCUGGACAGACUCGGAGACGUUACUGCUUUUGGAGGGUCUUGAGAACUUCGACAAUGACUGGAAUGAAAUUUCGAAGCAUGUUGGUACACGUACGAGGGAAGAAUGUGUGCUGAAGUUCCUGAAGCUUGACAUUCAAGAUCAAUAUCUGGAAGACGGACCUUUGAAUGGUGCAGCCACUUUGAAGAAUCUCACUGGUCGAAGUCCUAUUAGCCAACUCGACAAUCCCGUCAUGUCGGUCAUUAGCUUCAUCUCGCAGCUAGCAGAUCCUAGCGUUGUUGCCGCUGCGUCAGGUCGCUCUAUUGCAGUUAUGCAGAAAGAAUUGAGAGCACAACUUGAGAAAGGAAUUGGUGGAUCAACCGAUGAGUCAGCAACAAAAGACAAAGAGCAAGUGAAGGGUGAAGAUGCUAUGGAUGUCGAUGAGUCGGCUCAGCCAGCAGAGAAGACCGACUCUGACGCCAACGCGUCUUCGGCAGUGAUAAACGACAUUGCUACAACAGCCCUCGCAACCACAGCUGCCCGCGCCAGUGGUCUCGCAUCUCAUGAAGAACGAGAGAUCACACGCCUCGUCGGCGCAGCUGUAAACCUGACAUUACAAAAGUUUGAGCUCAAGCUCAAUCAGUUCGCCGAGAUGGAAGAGAUCGUGCAAGCCGAAAGAAGAGAUCUCGAGAAGGGACGUCAGCAACUCUUCCUCGACCGACUGGCGUUUAAGAAGCGGAUGAAGGACAUGGAGAACACAUUUAAACAGGCAAGCAUGAAGGGACCGGAAGAAGGAAUGAGAAUGAUGCAAGAAGCCAUGCACGCCCAUUCGGGUCAGCGCGUGGGUUUCACCAACGUCAAUGGUGCGACUAAUGGCAUCGUUCCGGUCAGCGCCGAGGCCGGUGAAGCUGCAAAGGGUGUCGACGUCUAG